AUGAACAAUUCUAGUCUGUCUGGCCCCGAACGGUGUCCGACAGAGCGUCGCGUUGCAAAGAAGCCAACGCCAAGAGUUUCCCGGGCCAGUGGGUCCGGUAAAUGGCCCGGAAUCCUAACAACCGUAAACACGCUCUUCCCUCUUCCCCUCCUCUCCUUACGCCUCGAGCUCGCACUAUGGGCUCUCGAGAGGCGCUUCUCCAUCUCAGCUGACCCACUGGGCGGGCGGGAAUCUAUAUGUGCGCUGGAUUUGGCAUUGGGGGGCGGUGGAGGCGGGGGCAAGGGUGGAUGCUACGCACAGCCCCGGACCACUCCCCCUUCGCACCAAGCACCGCCGACCCAUCGGCGCCUCCACGCCCUCGCCGUCCUAUUCCACCUCCACACUGCCCUCGUCCCUGUGGGUGUCGCCGUACCACUGCGCGCCCCUGCCCUCUGCCCCUGCCCACUCGCCCUCACACUAGUACUACCCGCACCACCCGUCGCCCUCGCCCUCGCACCAUGCCCAACACCUCGUCUUCAUCGAUCAUCCACCGCGCCCUCGGUCCCACCCUCGUACUUGUUGAGCGGCUGCACCUCGUCGGCACUCACCACCGUCAACGACCGCGCCUACCUCAUCAAGCAUGGGAGAUGA